AGUUUCCAUACUAAUAAUCAGCGAAUGAGAUGCACGGCAGCAGCAGACUGACUGUGACCUUGGCCUUAGCCUUCCUGCUAACUUAUUUGGGAUGCACCCAAGCCCAAAACCAAGGUGACCUUUUCCGUUGCAAUGUGCAGUACCGAUGCUCGGAUGAGAAACAGUUGGUUUGGGCCGUGGCAGACGAACGUUGCCAUGUCUUUCACAAUAGCUGUUUGCUGAAGGUGGAGCAGUGUGCCCGAAAAAACAGUGGAAAAACAGAUCUGAUUGAGACCACUAAGGAAAUCUGCAAGCCAAUGUGCACUAAGGUCUGUCCGGAUGUCUACGAUCCGGUCUGUGCACAAAUCUUUCAGGAGGAGUACAUAACUUUUAGUAAUGAGUGUGAAAUGCGAAACUAUAUUUGCACCAAUGAGAGGCCUUACUCCUACUUUGCUGUGGGCGAAUGCGUUGAGAAACCAAGUGGUUGAGUUUAAAACGAUCAAAAAUAUUUAUGAAAUAAAAAAAUGUUUGCAGAAUAAUCCUAACUGCUACUGCUUUUAAAGCUAUUUUUUAGUAUACCAAA